GCAGACACAAGAAAGCUGACGUGGCUCGAUCACAACCCUCGACGAAUCUGAAAAGAGUAACUGGGUACUGGGAAAUCUUCAAUCCAAUCUUCCCUCUUAUCCGAUUACCCCACUCACAACAAUUCACUCUCGCGAAGGGGUUCAUAUAGCAUAAACCCGCCGGAGUAGCACCGCCCGCCGUUCCUUUCGCAUUUCGUCGGUAAAACUUAGUUAUUCCGACCACCAGAAAAAUGAAGCUCCCGUAUCCAAACAGCGGCGGCGGUCCGUCAGUUGCGUGGAGGAGCUCUUCCAUCGUAUCCGUCCAGCUAGGGUUUUGCUUCUCCAACAAUUUCAAUGGAGUUUUGAUUCCUCCCGUCUCUACACACUACCUGCCCCGCCAGAAUUUGCGCAUUUCAUGCUCCUCCCCAUCUUCUUCACCUGAUCCUCUCUUGGUUAAGGCUGCAAGGGGUGAAGCUGUUUCGAGGCCUCCAGCAUGGAUGAUGCGCCAGGCAGGGAGGUAUAUGGCUGUGUACAGAAAGCUAGCCCAGAAAUACCCAUUCUUCAGGGAGAGGUCGGAGACAACUGAACUCAUUGUGGAAAUUUCUUUGCAGCCCUGGGAAGCUUUCCGCCCAGAUGGUGUCAUUAUUUUCUCUGACAUACUUACGCCGCUACCGGCAUUUGGUGUGUCAUUUGACAUAGAAGACGUGAGGGGUCCUGUUAUUCAGUCUCCGAUUCGUUCCGAGGAGCAUUUGAAGACCUUGCAUCCUAUUGAACUUGAGAAGCUACAGUUCGUUGGGGACUCGCUUAGAUUACUUCGCAAUGAGGUUGAAGGGAAAGCAGCUGUUCUGGGUUUUGUGGGAUCACCUUGGACAAUUGGUACCUAUAUAGUGGAAGGGGGUACGACUCGCACGUAUACAGCAAUAAAGAGCAUGUGUCAUACAGCACCAGAUGUAUUGAGGGCUCUCCUCGCUCAUUUGACCAAGGCAAUCGCUGAUUAUGCUGUUUAUCAAGUGGAAUCGGGGGCUCAUUGCAUUCAGAUAUUUGAUUCUUGGGGUGGCCAACUAUCUCCUGCUAUGUGGGAGAUCUGGUCAAAACCUUUCAUCAAAGAGAUAGUCAGUACAGUCAAGAGCAAAUGUCCUGGCACACCCCUUGUUCUUUACAUCAAUGGAAAUGGUGGCCUGCUUGAGCGGAUGAAAGAUAUUGGAGUUGAUGUGAUUGGACUUGACUGGACAGUGGACAUGGCAGAUGGUAGGAAGCGUCUGGGGAAUGGAAUGAGCGUACAAGGAAAUGUCGACCCUGCUUACUUAUUUUUGCCGCUCCCUGCUAUUACUGAUGAAAUUCACAGAGUGGUGAACUGUGCUGGACCAAGAGGGCACAUUCUGAACCUAGGACAUGGUGUUCUUGUUGGGACGCCUGAAGAAGCCGUUGCACAUUUCUUCGAUGUUAGUAAAAGCCUCAACUUUUCUGCUCCUGUAGAAGAUCGCCGUGUGGCUGCAGCGACUUAGUUAGAGUGCACGAGCUCAAGAUCAUCCCUGCAAACCUCCUCUCUUCUGUCUAUACUGGAACAUGCUCUCAUGAUGGCAACAAUACCAGCUCACGUCACGGCAUCUCCGUGGCCAACCAAUUCCAUCAAGAACCCAUUUUUUCCUCUUUGGAGAGGUCAUCAUCCUUGCAGGGCAAGCAAGUCAGUAAGCACGGAAGUCCACAGAAUGGAUGGAUGAUGUGAUGAGUUUGUUUUAUUCAUUUCUUAAUAAUUAAUAAAGCAAGUCAAGCAAAGAGGUAAAAAGAAAUAAAGAAAUGGAAAUCAGCUGCCUCCCAUUUGGUAGACUCACGUUCCCUUCCACUCGCUUAUAGACAUCGACGGAUUAUUGUUUUCCAGCGAGAAAAUUUUACGUUCGAAAUUAAUGUUUUCCGGCGAGAAAAAUUACCUACUUAAUUUAUGUCAUACUAAAUUAUUGAUUAACGGAUCAUUUUCGUUUUUCCACCCACUUUUAUAUUAUUGCUAAAUAAGACAAUAUUUUUAGUCCCAUUGUUACAAAUAGACUGUAAUCUUGCUA